UGCAAUCACCAGGUCGAACAGUGGGAUACAGCUCGCUUAGUCAGUCGCUGGGCGAAUCAAUCCACCCGGCCUUAUCGCGCGAACACUGAAGAUCACCUCACGCCAUCGCAUAAACCACACCCACGGAACAAUGAGAAGAGUCAAAACCAUCGAAAUUUGUACCUCAUGCUCGCAUCUUUCCUUGGCUCAUCCUCUUAGUUGGACGACUAGCAGCCAUGAGCCUGCUGGCGCCUGUUUUCAACUCGGGAACGACUUCCAUCCCGCGUCGCCAAUCGAUUAGAGCACCUGGAGAUGCGAUUGCGUCAUUGCGUCACUCUGAGAUGGCCUGUUUGUAGGACUGCAUGAGUGAAUAUAAGAGCCUGAAAACGCGCUUCGCCCUGCCGUUCGACCAUCCUAGCCUAUCCUACAUCCUUGACACCAAUCCUUUGUCAUCUCAACAAGACGACAUUUGUUUCCCCAAUAAUUGCGAAAGCUAAACCAUCAGAAUGACUACUACCCCGAUUCACUCAACUGGCCGUGGAGGCGCCGGCAACAUUGGUCCCGAUACCAAUGUCUACACUGAUGGAGGCAUGGUUCGCGAAGGCGUGCAAGGCGAAUCUCUCGAUGGAGAGUUCUCCACUGGCCGUGGGGGAGCUGGCAACAUUGGAAAGUCGCCUCGCGUUGGGCCGCAGUCUGACGAAGGUCGUCGCUCAGUAGACAUGGUUCCUGAGAUCAACCAGCGUAACGCGCAGGAAGAGUUCCACACCGGCCGAGGUGGAGCCGGAAACGUCUACAAGGAGAAGCACGGCGGCCACAGCCAAUCACCUGAUCGCAAGGGAUUGGGCGACAAGGUCAAGGAAGUACUUCAUUUGGACAAGAAGAAGGAGCAUGAGCCUUCUCCUUUGGCGCAGAAUACGACUACAAACUAGAUAUGAUACCCAAGUCAAGCGACUUUCCUGGAGGACUGGUAGUGGUAUGAGCGUUGGACAUCGAUGAUACCUCAGGCUAUGGUCUCUGACUAUGAGACAGCCUUAUUUUCCAUUUGGUAAUUAAUAGACACAGACACUCUUUCAA